CCGGGGGUGAGGGAGUCUGCGCGCAGCCGCCGCCGCCGGUUCCUGAGGAGCGGACGCGAUGGCAGGUCCCGCGUGGAUCCCGAAGGUAUCUCGGCUGCUGGGGGCCUUCAGCAACCCAAAAAAGGUGACCCGAGGUUUUGCUGGUGGUACCCAGACAGUGACCUUGAUUCCAGGAGAUGGUAUUGGACCAGAAAUCUCAGCUUCUGUUAUGAAGAUUUUUGAUGCUGCCAAAGCACCCAUCCAGUGGGAAGAGAGGAAUGUCACCGCCAUUAAAGGGCCUGGAGGAAAGUGGAUGAUUCCUCCUGAAGCCAAAGAAUCCAUGGACAAAAACAAGUUGGGGCUGAAAGGCCCCCUAAAGACACCCAUUGCGGCUGGACACCCUUCGAUGAACCUUCUGCUUCGUAAAACGUUUGACCUUUAUGCGAAUGUGCGUCCGUGUGUCUCCAUCGAAGGCUACAAGACCCCCUACACGGACGUGAACAUUGUCACGAUCCGGGAGAACACCGAAGGCGAAUACAGCGGCAUCGAGCAUGUGAUCGUCGAGGGCGUGGUGCAGAGCAUCAAGCUCAUCACGGAGGAAGCGAGCAAACGGAUUGCGCAGUUUGCCUUUGAGUACGCCAGGAACAAUCACCGAAGCAACGUGACUGCCGUGCACAAAGCAAAUAUCAUGCGAAUGUCAGAUGGGCUUUUUCUCCAAAAGUGCAGGGAAGUUGCAGAAAACUGUAAAGAUAUUAAAUUUAAUGAGAUGUACCUUGAUACAGUAUGUUUGAAUAUGGUACAAGAUCCGUCCCAGUUUGAUGUUCUUGUGAUGCCAAACUUGUAUGGGGACAUCCUUAGUGAUCUCUGUGCUGGCCUUAUAGGGGGUCUUGGUGUCACACCGAGUGGAAACAUUGGCGCCAACGGAGUCGCAAUCUUUGAAUCGGUUCACGGAACGGCCCCGGACAUUGCCGGGAAGGACCUGGCCAAUCCCACUGCCCUGCUUCUGAGUGCCGUGAUGAUGCUGCGCCACAUGGGGAUGCACGACCACGCCGCAAAGAUCGAGACUGCCUGCUUUGCCACAAUUAAAGAUGGGAAGAGCUUGACAAAAGAUUUGGGAGGAAAUGCCAAGUGCUCGGACUUCACGGAGGAGAUCUGCCGACGAGUAAAAGACCUAGAUUAAAGGAAAGCUUCUCCUGCUAGGCAGCAGUCACUCCUUAUGGACACAAUAGGAAAAGCUAUUGUAGACCGUACCAUCUGUAUACAUUGAGGUUGCAUAUUUCUUGACAGAGCAAACAUUCUAAAUUGGGCCUUUUCUUAAUCCAUUCUGUGCCCUGGACGAGAGUGACCCUCCAACGUCUGCUUCCAAUGGACUUUUUUCCAGUGCUUUGUUUUAUUUAUUAAAUGUCUCUCUCUGGUGAAAAUGUUUUAUAUAUUGCAAGGAUGGAUCCCUGUCCUGUCAUUUUCCAUUGUUAACCAUUUUACACUUCGGUUAGAACAGUUUUUUUCCUCAACUGAAAGACUUGCUGUAAAUAUCCAGAUACUAAAUUAACAGGAGAAACAGCUAACUUUUUAAAGAAAAUCCCUAUUUUCCUUGGAGUAUAUAAAGUAUAAUGGAAAUGAUACAGGAUACUAACAUAGCACAAGAUGACAUUCUUAUAAAAAUAAACGGGUAUAAGAGGAAUUUCCUGGGAGAGUCAUAUCAAGGAGGGUACAGAGGAUACAUUUUAAAGUUGUGUAGUGAACUAAGAAAAAAAGAGAUUUGCUCUCCAAAAAAUUUAUUAUAUGCAUGAAUAAAGAUUGCAAACCCGAGAUAUAUUUAAUCAGAGAUGUAUUUUUUUGGUUAUCAAAUCUAGAUAAUCUAUGGAAGACACAGUGGCAUUCUAAUCCCACACAAUACGUGUGGAGCUAUUUUUGUUAAGGUGGCUUUAACCUUUCUUUGCUUGCAGUAGUGCUCUCUGUGAAGAACCAGGGCGACAUUUCCCCCAAUCAGAUGUUGAUUGUACAUUGUGAUCGAGUAAGUCGAUCUGCAUAAUUUUCCGCAUAGUUGUACCCGGCCAUCCCUGGCCAUCCCUGGCCGUCCCUGCCCCUGGAGCUAUCACUGCAUUGGUCAUGUGUGUAUUCUGUGUCUGUAACUGUCCCUCCGCUAACGAGGCUGCUGUCCGAGAAGGCACCGAGAAACUGUCAGCUCUGGGGCCGCAUUGAGGAGCCCCAGAUGUUGACUCCCACCUCACUGUAUAUUUCAGCAUCUGUGCGUUCUCCUACAGGGAACACCAAAUUAUUGCCUUCCUUGAACAAAUAACAGUACAAAAACCCCAACACAAAACCUGUUGCUGCCAGGCUGCCUAAACUAGAGCAGCUGUAGACUGGGGUGUCACACACUAAGGAACAAAACCUUCCCUCGGUUCUUUGUGCCAUUAAGGUGGUGCUUGGGCUUCCUGAGGCCCAGGGGAGGGAGGGGGUGGUGCUUUUUCAGUCAUCCAACAUUAAGGUCCUUCUCUUAAUGUGAGUCCUCCUUGCCACGUGAGGCGGUUUUGCUUUGGUCCUUUAGGGUGGUGGUGCUCGGGGCCCUUGGCUGACCUGUUCCUCUUACUGCUCCAUGAACCUGUAGGAGCAAGGUGGCAGCUAUUUCAUAUCAUGCCCUCGGCCAAAGAGUUGUGCCUGGGUCACUCCUCAGUCCCCCCGGGAGGGGAAGGGGCUCCCUCAGGCUCAUGGCCAGGGCUUCAGCUUGCUCCAGAUGUAUACACUCCAUUUUAUCCUGCUGCUUCUGCAUUUUUGUUGGAUUGUGCUACCUAUAAGAGUGCCUGUCAGGUUCAAAACAAAUAGUGAAGUAAUAAAGAUUUUAAAAACCGGUAAA